AUGGGUCGCGGGAUUGGACACAAUAUGACGCAUUUUUUGACCUUUCCACAGAACCUCGAAGCUGCAUUCUUAGAGGUAUUUGCAAGCGGUUCAGGCCAAGAGGAGUUUUGGUUUACAAAUGUACCAGAUCAAUACACGGGGAAAAUCGAUCCAGAACACACUGGGAAUAUUGUUACCGCCAAAGGUGCAUUCCGAGAAGUUCAAGUCUGGAUCGAUAACCGUCUUGCUGGGGUUGCAUAUCCUUUCCCUGUCAUAUACACAGGUGGAAUCCUAAUGUCAUGGUGGAGGCCGAUAGCUGGAAUUGGUGCCUUUGACGCGCCGACGUAUAUCAUAGACAUUUCGCCUUUUGUCCCAUACCUCUCAGACUCCAAUGCCCACAACUUUACUCUGGUCGUGGAGGGACAAGGUGAAAAACAUUCAAUAAACCCAGAUUGGAUCUUCAGUGGUUCCGUUUUUAUGACUUUGGAUCCCAGCGGCGCUCGAACUACCGGGGAGAUGAUUGCUUAUUCUACGGAUUCCAACACAACAGUCGAGCCAUCAGCUGGAGCUUCCAAACUUUUAUCCGACGUAGACCCAUCUUGCUCCAUUAACUUCUUGAUCAAGAGCUACCGAAAGCUAUCGGUGUCAAGUCUUGUGAUCACUGGUAGCGGCGAACCUCGCGUGGUGAGCGUCGAACAAGACUACAACUAUAUGAACGAACAGUCUUGGCUUCCCCGAGGCGAUUAUCAAUCAGUUGUCUUGUCAAGUCAAGGAACUAGUAUUUCUACCUCUGAUGAUAUGACGACAUUAAGCGACUCCUUCGAAUUUCCUCUAAAUUUGAAUCUCUCUACUAUUGCAUCAUCCAACCAGACCACGAUUAUUGGAAACCUCACUCAUUCAUUUAGACGCUCACAAUUUUUAUCAUUAUCCCCCAGUUUAGGUCAGGUUGAAAUUGAUACCACGCAAAUCUCAAUUGGAGAACUAAAGCUGAAUGCCAAGGGACGUGUCGCGGGCGGUCUUGGGAGGACGGCACAAUCCUUCGUCUACAAGGAUGGAAGAAAUGAGAGUUAUACCCGGAAUAUCGAGGUCUAUAAUGUGACGAAUGUGAUCAGGGAUGAAGAAUCUGGGUCGCUUUCUUCACCACGCACCUCAGACCUGAAUGUCAUAACCGUCCUACCGAACAAUGAAGACGAUAUACAAGGGUGCCCAAUUCGAAUUUUGUGCGAAGCUAGUUUUGAAAAAUAUGCAAAGUCUUCAGAUAAGCUGCUGUUACUACAAACCAAUCAGUAG